AUGUCCAAACGUCCGCCGCCACCAAUAUAUAAUGAUAUAUCUGAAACGAUUGGCAACACUCCAAUAGUUCGUUUAAACAUUUCCACCACUAGUUCUGAUACAUCUCUAUCAACAUUGAAUAAUAUAGAAUUCUUAGCCAAAUUAGAAUAUACAAACUGUUUGUCGGGAAGCAUUAAAGACCGUGUAGCCAAAAAAAUAUUAUUUGGUAUAAGCAUCGCACUUUUGUCUCAAAGAAAAGGAUAUAAAACCAUCACACUUGUGCCGGAACGUACAAGCAACGAUCGUAUUCGUAUUUUAAAAUCAUUAGGAGUUGAAAUUAUAAGAACACCAAAUGAAGCUAGACCUGGAUAUGCGGAAAGUAAUUUUGAUUUGGCAAUAAAAUUGUCUUCGGAAAUUGCAAAUUCAGUUGUAAUAAAUGAGUUUACAAAUCAAAGCAAUGCACAAGCACACUACGAAGAAACAUCGGAAGAAAUUUAUACACAAGUUGAGGGGAGGCUUGACGUUCUUGUUGUUGGAGUAGAAUCCGGAGGUACUAUAACUGGACUUGCUAAAAACCUUAAGGGACGAAUACCAGGGCUAAAGGUUCUGGCUGUGGAACCUCAAUAUUCAAGAAUACAAGAAAAUAAGUUGACUGAUUCAUCAACCAUAAAGGAACAAAAAGUUGAGGAUAUUGGCAAUAAUUUCACGCCUUCUAUUUUGGAUGCUUCUCUUAUUGAUGCAUGGGCAAAAGUCAGUGAUAAAGAAUCAUUUACUAUGACAAGAAAAUUGAUUAGUGAGGGAUUUAUGGCUGGACCAUCAUCAGGAUCCGUUGUUAGUGCAGCCUUAUCUUAUGCGCAGAAGAAUGUUCUUCCAGACACUAAAGCGCGUAUACUUUGUAUUUUGAAUGAUACAGCAAGAAAUUAUUCUAGUACUUUGUUAUCAGAAGAUUGGCUUUUAGAAAAUGACUUGAUGGAUGAGCAAACUAUCCAGAAACUUGAGUACCAAAGAAUUGAAAAAUAUAGAGCGGCAAGCGUAGAAGAUCUCCAAUUACCAGCGGCUGUUACUGUACUCCCUAAUGUACCAGUAGCCCAUGCACUUGAUCUAAUGGUUGAAAGGGAAUUUUCACAGUUACCAGUGACCGAUUCGCAUCGUAAACUUCUUGGUUAUGUAUCAUUAACGUCUCUUCAAGAUAAGUUAGACUCGGGUGAUGCAACCUUAACAGAUGAAGUUUCCAAAUGGAUGUUUACCUUUGGAAGUAGAAAUUCGCAAAAUCAAAUACGCCGUCAAACGUAUCAAAUAAUCACACCUGAUACACCAUUAGAUGAAUUAGCAAAGUUUUUUGAGAAACAUAGUUUUGCCAUUGUUACAGAUAGUGAAAGGAAAUGGGCUCUAGCUGUUACAACCAAAAUGGAUUUGAUUCGUUUUUUACGCCAUAGGUAA